UAUCUCCGCAGUGAUUCCCAUUACCACUCUGCACAAUCCCAAAAAAGGAGAGGUUUCCAUUAACAAACAAAACCCAUUUUUCUUCCUUCUUCUAUUGCCUCCAGAAUUUCAUUUCCAAAAUUUGCAAUUCCCAGUUCUUCAAAUUCCCCAUUCCUUGUUAAAAAAACUUCAAAAUAAAUCUCACACCCACAAAGAGGGAAUUUGUUUUCCUUGACACUUGUUAGGCCCUUCUUUUGUAUCUCUUUCCAUUAGGUUUUGUCUAAAUUCCCAUCAAAACUCAAAAACCCAUUAUUAUUUCCAAUUCCCCUUUAUGAUUAUUCCUUUUCCACCUCACAAUCUGAUGAUAAAGCCUUAAGAUUCCCAUCCAAAAUUGGGUCUUUUUUUUUUCUUCUUCUUCACAAAGACCAUCUUUUCUUUUUCACUACUAGUAUAUAAAAAUUCAAUCUUUCAUUACUUUUCUCUUUAUUUAAGCAUCGAAUCCUUAAGGGAGAAGAAAAACGCAAAAUUCUUCAGCAAACAUGAAGGUCCACCCUAUGCCAAAGAAGCGAAAUAUCACAAUCCAAUACAACAUCAAUUCAAGAAACCCACUCUCCGAAGCUCAAGCUCUUCUGGGUCUGUCUUCAAAGAAGCUAAGGCGCUUACCCCAUGUGUUUAGCCGAGUUCUCGAGCUUCCAUUUCGGUCCGAUGCUGAUGUGUCGAUUGAGGAAAAACCGGAUUGUUUCCGAUUCAUAGCCGAGACGGAUGAGAAUAUCGGUGAAGUGAGGGCCCACAUGGUUGAAAUCCAUCCUGGGGUGACAAAGAUUGUGGUGAGGGAAGGUGGGUCGCUUGAGUUGUCUCUGGAUAGUUUGGAGCUUGAUAUGUGGAGGUUUCGGCUACCCGAGUCGACUCGCCCCGAGUUGGCUAGUGCGGUUUUUGCUGAUGGAGAGCUUAUUGUGACUGUGCCAAAGGGUGAUGAGGAAGGUGUGGAAGGUGGUGGGGGAAAUGGAAGUGAUGGUGGAGAUGAAGAGAUUUGGAGAGAUGGGAAUGGUGGCGGCUUUAGAGGAGGUAUGGGAGGUAGGCUUGUGCUUGUACAGUAAUUAUUAAAAAAAGAAAAAAAAAAGUUUUAAAUUAUUCGCUCUUAUUUUGAGUUGGGUUUUUAGUUUUGAAGUUAGUGGGGUGGGUGGUGGGACUAGUUUAUGUAUGCUUCUACUUCCUUUGUUGUUGAAUCAUGAAAUGUUGUUUUUGUCACAUGGAAAGUGUGAUGGCAAUGGCAAUGGCAAUGAAGAAUGAAUAUGAUCGUUGAGUCUUA